AAGUGGUCGUCGUUAGAUCAGCUACUUUACCACAUGGAUAUCCUGCUCAAGCAUUUCGAAGAUGCUAAGGUAUAUACUAGUUGCGACCUUAUUUAGCCUUAUGGUACUAACUAUUUAUAGAAGACGUACGCCGAUCAUCAACGCCUUAUCCACUCUAUCCACAUGGGCUGGUUUGUGCUUGAUAAGUACUACUUUAAGACCGAUGAGACGCCUGUAUAUUCCGCGGCAUUGCUUCUCCACCCAUCAAAGCGAUUGAAGUACCUCCGCCAGAACUGGCACGUUGAUUGGCAUGACAGUGCAAUCAAUAAGGCUAGGCAGAUCUGGAGUCAGUACAAAGAUCUCCCUGUUACCACUUCUCCGGAGGAGGCUUCGGAGAUCCAGAUGACAGCGUACGAUAAACUGGCGCAGUCGCUCGAUGUGACGGAGGCAUAUGACGACGAGGAUGAGCUGGA